AUGUUCCGUCACAUAAUCCUCCCCCUCCUCGCAUCUCUCCUCCACCCUCUUCCUCUUCUGCCCAUACCGCGCCAGCGGCAGGGCUCUGACCGCACCGUAGCCGAUGAAGUCUGCGGUUCAGAGCCCAGCGCUGAAACUUUUCUAGCCGGGCAGGGGAGACCUGGGAAGGCUGUGAUAAACGCGAAGAACGCGGAGAUCUCCACGCGGGGGCCGGGGGUGGGGUUUGGCGGGUCCUCCGGUGAUGUGGCAGGGCCCCGACCUGCAAAAGAAAUCGGGAUGUUGGAACUUGGGGCGGUGUGGAGGCAUGGGGGUGCAGUGGUUGUUGAUGGUGCAAAUGGUGAAGAGGUACACGCCUUGAUAUUUGCGAAACGUGCUUUUUUGAGACAUAAGGUCUUCCUUCCGCAAACCUGGCUUCUAGGAAUACCCGUUCCAACGCCAAUGCUUCCUGGGUGA